GAGUGAGAGAAGGUUAUCGAGACAGGAAAUUCGGUUGUAGCGGAGGUCAAGGUACUCUAGACUUUCGAGUCCCUCCAGAUUCUGUAGGGACGAGAUCCGAUUGUUGGGCGCACGCAGGGUCUUCAGUUGAGGACAGGAGAUGGAGAGAGAUGGAGGGAUGGAUGUGAGGUUGUUACAGGCAAGGGAGAGGUAGGUGAGGCGAGAGUAGAGAGCCAGAGUGGCCUCGGGGACGUCAGAGAUGUAGUUGAAACAGAGGUGGAGCUCCAGAAUGCACCCGCAGCUGUUUUCGUCGGAGCUCUCGAGGCAGGAAACGUCCUGGAGCUGUCUCUUGUUGUAGUUUAGAAGAGUUGUGGCACUUCUGCACGUUGCCUCAUCCAUCGCUCUCCAGUCUCGCGUGCACAGUUGACGAGAUUUCCAAUUGGAGCCCACCCACGUGGUUAAUUCUGCUAACUCAGCAACCUUUGCUGCUCGGAGCUUCUUAUCUUCUGUCUUCCGUUUGAAACUUGUCUCGGGCUCGCUAUGGGGAAGUUGAACGUGACGCUACUGCGCUACCUCUCCAGGGAAGACUUCCGAGUGCUUACAGCGGUGGAGAUGGGAAUGAAGAACCACGAGGUGGUACCUGGGAGUCUGAUCUCGUCCAUUGCCGGAGUCAAGCCGGGCGAGUGUCUGAAGAUCCUGAGAAACCUGGCCAAACAUCGACUUGUCUGCUACGAACACAAGAAAAGCUGUGGCUACAGACUGACAUUCCUGGGCUAUGACUAUCUGGCUCUGAAGGCACUGGCUAAUAGAGAUGUACUCUAUUCCAUUGGCAGCAUGAUAGGUGUCGGCAAAGAGUCAGAUGUGUAUGUUGUAGCAAACGCAAGUGGAAAACUGUUUGCUCUAAAGGUUCACAGGCUGGGAAGAACGUCGUUCAGGAAGCUGAAGGAGAAGAGAGACUACCACCGCCACAGACAUGCUACCUCCUGGAUCUACCUCUCGCGGCUAGCUGCCAUGAAAGAGUUCGCCUACAUGAAGGUAGGCUUUCAUCUCUCUGUCUCUCUGGUUCUAUACUUUCUUCUCCUCUCGGCUCGAAUUCUUGCACUUUAGCAAGGGAUAUGGCACUCUAAGGUAUCCAGGAUGGCUGGCUGACCUGUCCUUCCCACUUGUUGCUAAAAGAACAAAGAGUUUAAGCCACGGUCACUCCCGAACACUGCACACUUUAGACAUGGUCCAGGUUUUCGGAAUGAUUAGCUGACCUGUCGUUCCAUCCACUUGCUUGCUAAAAGUACGAAAAAUAUAGGGCACCCUACAAAAUAUUUCUGUCACAGUGUUUUAAGUUGGUCUCUGUGCUACACUCAGGCUCUUCACGAUCGAUCAUUCCCGGUGCCUGUGCCAAUUGACUUCAACCGACACUGUGUCGUCAUGGAACUGGUGGACGGCUUUCCUCUGAAUAAUAUCCAAACAGUAGGCGAUGUGCCUACUCUCUACUCCUCCCUAAUGGAUAUUGUAGUCCGUCUCGCCACUCACGGACUCAUCCACUGCGACUACAACCAGUUCAAUAUCCUCGUUAACGAAAGGGGCAAACCCACUCUAAUUGAUUUCCCGCAGAUGGUGUCCACUUCACAUCUAAAUGCACAAAGCUAUUUUGAUCGAGAUGUGACGUGUAUCAGGGACUACUUUAAGAGAAAGUUUGGCUACGAGAGCGAGCUAUAUCCAACCUUUGAUGAUAUCAGAGUGACUGAAAAUGUUGAUACUGAAGUGUCUGCCAGUGGCUUCACUCGUGAAAUGGAGGACACUCUCCUAGAAGAGGUGACUGGAUGUGUGGAGAGUGAGAGUGGGGAGGAGGGGGAGGAUGAGGAGGGGGAAGAGAGGGAGGAAGGAGAGGUGUGUGAUUAUGCCACUGGUGAAAGCGAGGAGAAGGGAGAAGAUGAAAACUUGAGUGGUUCGGAAAAAGAGGAAGAUGUGGAAAAGAGCGCAGAGUUCUCGAAAGUCCAGAGGAACAAGUCGCAGAAGAGCCUGCAGCUGACUCUAGUGAUGGUGCCAGUGAGAGUGCAGUCUCAAGUGCUUACACCGUUGCUACGACAACUAGCUAUCUCCAUGGGGACAGAACGACGGUGUCCGGAUACUCUCGUCCACGAGUGGGGUUCUGCCAUGCUUCUUCGUUGUGCCUUUUCACUCUUUCACCAGCAGUCCUCCCGUGUCGUUCUAGUCCGAGCCAUGAGCGGUGCAAAGUCUUACUCGUCCUCCGAGCUGCUCAUCAAUGACGGCAAGUACUCUUGGCUGCGCAAUCUGGGACUGCAGGAGCAAAACCCCGGCGUCUAUGACGGAACCUGGCACGCCAACGGACCCACCGUCACUUCCUUUUGUCCCAGUAACGGCAAACCAAUAGCUCACAUUCAAGAGGGCUCAGUUGAGGACUACCGUCAAGUUGUGCAAAAGGCCCACGAAGCAUGGAAAACAUGGAGAGAGGUUCCAGGUCCAAAGAGAGGCGAGGUUGUGAGGCAGAUUGGUCAAGCCCUGAGGGACAAUCUCGACGACCUCGGACGUUUGGUGUCUCUGGAGGUAGGUAAGAUAUACCCGGAGGGGGUCGGGGAAGUACAGGAGUAUGUAGACAUAUGUGACUACGCUGUGGGUCUCUCGAGGAUGCUAGGAGGCAGCAUCAUGCCGUCAGAGAGGCCUGGCCAUGCCCUGAUGGAGCAGUGGAAUCCAUUAGGUCUAGUGGGAAUAAUCACAGCCUUUAAUUUCCCAGUGGCUCCGUUUGGUUGGAACCAUGCGAUCGCCAUGGUCUGUGGAAACUGCACUCUCUGCUCGCUAUUUUGUGUCCAGGAAAGGCGCUCCCAGCACCCCACUGUCCAGCAUAGCCACACACUUCUCUCUCUCCCUCAGGUGGGUCAGAAGGUGGGGGUAAUGGUGCAGGAGAGGUUUGGGAAGAAGAUCCUGGAGUUGGGUGGCAACAAUGCCAUCGUCGUGGCGGCAGAUGCUGACAUUGACAUGGUGGUCAGGUCCACCCUCUUUGCUGCCGUGGGGACCGCUGGCCAGAGGUGUACCACUGCCAGGAGACUGAUAGUUCAUGAGAGUGUUCAUGAUAAAGUGGUGGAAAGACUGAAGAAGGCAUACUCUCAGGUUAAGAUCGGAGACCCUCUCGAAGAGGGAACACUGUACGGUCCACUGCACAGCGAGGCAGCAGUUGAGGGCUAUGACAACGCAAUCAGUGAGAUCAAGUCCCAGAAUGGAACAAUUGUCUAUGGAGGAAAGCGUAUCGACAGACCGGGGCACUACGUGGAACCAACACUGGUGACGGGAUUAGCCCAUGACUCACCCAUCGUCCAAAGAGAGACCUUUGCACCCAUCCUCUAUGUCGUCAAGUUCACGGGAGGUAUAGACGAGGCCAUAGCCUGGAACAACGAGGUGGAGCAAGGCCUCACCUCCUCCAUCUUCACAGCCAGUCUGGAGAACGUGUUCCGCUGGCUGGGCCCUGCCGGAUCAGACUGCGGCAUCGUCAACGUCAAUAUUCCUACCAGUGGGGCCGAGAUCGGCGGUGCUUUUGGAGGGGAGAAGGCUACAGGGGGAGGGCGUGAAUCAGGGAGCGAUGCCUGGAAACAGUAUAUGAGAAGAUCAACAUGCACCAUCAACUACAGUAAGGAACUUCCACUAGCCCAGGGUAUUAAAUUUGAAUAAACUUUGGUAGCAAGUAUAAUGCUGCUUAUAAUUCAUAAUAGUUACCUAACUUCUAUUUUAGUGACAAUGAAUUGCAGCUUGUCGCUCAGUAGAUACUGCGUCCCUGCAGCCUUGUUGCUGAGUUGAGAAUGAGCAAUAAACCGCGUG